AUGGAAGAAGAAGAAGAUGAAACCUUAUAUAUUGGUGAUGAAAUUUAUGAGAAUCAUUCCAAGCGUGCUUUCGAGGGUGAAGAAGACGAUGAUUUUCCUUCCCGAACUGCUUCUCUUAACGCUGAUGAACUCGACAUCUCGAAACUUGAUUUGCCUUCACAACUUGUUAGUUCGCUCCGUGAGAGGGGGAUUACGCAACUUUUUCCUAUUCAGAAAGCGGUGUUAGUGCCUGCACUUCAAGGUAGAGAUAUCAUUGCUCGUGCAAAGACUGGAACGGGGAAGACACUGGCUUUUGGAAUUCCUAUUAUCAAUGGCCUCGAUAAUGGCGAGGAUUCAGAUAGUUACAGUAACAGAAAUGUUAAUGAAGUCAUGUGUGCCUUCAAUUUAUGCAUUUAA